UAUUCAUGGUCGUUCAAACGUUCAAAACCCAAAUGUCAUGAUUUUUUGAAAUAAACCAGUGCGCAGGCUUCCUCUCCUUCCUCUCCUUAUAUUGGUGACUAAGGCUGCCUAACACCCUGCCGACAUGGAAGAUGGCCACGAGAUGGGUGAUGAGCGUUUGAAGCGUCCGCAAACGGAUAGUCGACGUUUAGCGACGAGAAGGCGGACGGCGGGAUCAACAACGAGCUGAUCAAGAGGCCAGUGGGUGAUGGCUGUGGUCAAGUCGACUCAGGGCAAGCGUACGUCGCACUCUCUCGCGCUGCCUCGAUCGCUGCGGGUGCUCGGGUUCGAUCGCGAAAAGGUCAAGGCACACCCGACGGUGGUGGAAUGGAUGAGAACGCUUCAGACGGUCCCUGAACAAUAGACUUGGAGAUUAAUCACGAAACGAUAAUGAUCAUGUCGCUAUUAACUGCAGCUUUCGUCGAGCAUGCCCAGGACCUGCCUUUACUUUACCACUUCACUCCCUGCUGUAUUUGUUUUAUGUGUAUGUUAUUCAGCUAGAGACGAAACGCAUUGUGAUUGCAAGCCUGA